CCGGGGGGGGGGCGGCGGGGCGGGCGCUCGGCUCUGGGCCGCUGCGGCCGGCGCGGGGCUUGGCGGGCGGCUCGGCCCCCCGCGCCUGGCCGAGUCCUGAGGCUGCGGAGCCGCCCCCUCGCUGCCGCCGCCGCCGCCGAGGGUACGGCCCCCGCCCCGCCCGCGGGGGCGGCCCGCGCCGCGGCCCCUCCUCGGGGGAGGCCGGCUGCAUGGGCAGGCGCUGCGGGGCACCGUGGGCGCCGGCCUCGGCGGCGGAGCCGCUCCUGGGCGCCAGUUUAGGUUACUGCUGAUUUGAUCCUCUGGACUCUGCAAAAGGAAAGCCUGCCAGCCUCUGUUAAUAGCUUUGUGGUGUAACAGGAGUGGAGCUCCCAAGCAGAAUCGCUGAGAGAUAUGUGAACGCGUGUGAGCAAAGCUGAGCACGUUGGUAUUCCUGCCUCAAACCUGGGCUCGUUCCCCAGGCACAGUUUGCCUGUGGGGUGAAUACCCUCUUGGCACCUGAAGAUGAUGUCGGUCGAAGGGUCUACAAUAACAAGUCGGAUCAAAAACCUACUUCGCUCCCCUUCCAUUAAGCUGAGGAGAAGCAAGCCUGGGAACAAGCGUGAAGAUAUAGGCAGCAAGGUGACUUUGGAGAAGGUGUUGGGGAUAACUGUGUCAGGAGGCAGAGGACUAGCCUGCGACCCCAGAACCGGCCUCGUUGCUUAUCCGGCAGGGUGUGUUGUUGUGCUGUUCAACCCUAGAAAAAAUAAGCAACACCACAUUCUAAACAGUUCCAGGAAAACAAUUACAGCACUUUCUUUCUCUCCGGAUGGAAAAUAUUUGGUUACAGGAGAGAGCGGGCACAUGCCAGCAGUUCGCGUCUGGGAUGUGGCUGAGCGAACCCAGGUGGCUGAGCUGCAGGAGCACAAGUACGGCGUGGCCUGUGUGGCCUUCUCCCCCAGCUCCAAGUACAUUGUUUCGGUGGGCUACCAGCAUGACAUGAUUGUCAAUGUGUGGGCAUGGAAGAAAAACAUUGUAGUGGCAGCCAACAAAGUCUCAAGUAAAGUGACAGCUGUGUCAUUCUCGGAGGACUGCAGUUACUUUGUCACUGCUGGAAAUCGACACGUCAAGUUCUGGUACCUGGAUGACAGCAAAACCUCCAAGGUCAAUGCCACAGUCCCCUUGCUAGGUCGCUCGGGAUUGCUUGGAGAACUGAGGAACAACUUCUUUGCGGACGUGGCUUGUGGAAGGGGCAAAAAAGCUGACAGCACCUUCUGUAUCACAUCCUCAGGCCUGCUCUGUGAAUUCAAUGAAAAAAGGCUGCUAGACAAGUGGGUGGAGCUGAGGAAUACAGACAGCUUCACAACCACUGUGGCAAACUGCAUCUCUGUGAAUCAGGACUACGUCUUCUGUGGCUGUGCUGACGGCACCGUGCGGAUUUUUAACCCUCUGAACCUUCACUUUGUCACCACGCUGCCAAAGCCGCACUUCCUGGGGACAGACAUCGCGAGUGUCACCGAGGCCAGUCGUCUUUUCUCUGGUGUGGCUGAUGCAAAGUAUCCAGACACGAUUGCCUUGACAUUUGACGCCACCAACCAGUGGCUUUCCUGUGUAUACAAUGACCACAGCCUGUAUGUGUGGGAUGUCAAAGACCCGAAGAAAGUAGGCAAGGUGUACUCCGCUUUGUACCACUCUUCCUGCGUGUGGAACAUUGAGAUGUAUCCGGAGGUGAAGGACAACAAUCAGUCGUGCCUUCCCCCUGGUUCCUUCAUCACCUGCUCCUCUGACAACACCAUUCGUCUGUGGAACACUGAAAGCUCCAACAUUCAUGGCACAGCCCUGCACCGCAACAUCCUCAGCAAUGACUUGAUGAAAAUCAUCUAUGUAGAUGACAACACUCAGGUACUUCUGGACACUGAUUACAACUCAGCAGGAAGCGCAGACAAAGCUGAUGCACAAGUGAUGGAUACAAAGGUGGGAAUACGCACUGUCUGUGUCAGUCCCAGCGGGGAGCACCUGGCCUCAGGGGACAGGAUAGGCACUCUCAGGAUAUAUGAAUUGCAGUCUCUGAGGGAAAUGCUGAAGGUGGAAGCCCAUGACUCUGAGAUCCUAUGUCUGGAGUACUCCAAACCUGACACAGGCUUAAAGCUCUUAGCCUCAGCCAGUCGGGAUAGAUUGAUUCAUGUUCUGGAUGCUGGAAAGGACUACAGCCUGCAGCAGACCCUGGAUGAACAUUCUUCUUCUAUCACUGCUGUGAAGUUUGCAGCCAAUGAUGGCAAAGUGCGAAUGAUAAGCUGUGGGGCAGACAAGAGCAUCUACUUCCGUACUGCGCAGAAGACAGGAGAAGGGGUUCAGUUUACCCGAACACAUCACAUUGUUAGGAAGACCACUCUGUAUGACAUGGAUGUAGACCCCAGCUGGAAGUACGCAGCCAUUGGAUGCCAGGAUCGUAACAUCAGGGUUUUCAACAUCAGCAGUGGGAAGCAGAAGAAGCUUUACAAGGGAUCCCAAGGUGAAGAUGGCACUCUCAUCAAGGUGCAAACAGAUCCCUCUGGUCUUUAUAUUGCAACCAGUUGUUCUGACAAGAAUCUCUCCAUAUUUGAUUUCUAUUCUGGCGAGUGUGUUGCAACCAUGUAUGGACAUUCAGAGAUUGUAACUGGGAUGAAAUUCAGUAAUGACUGCAAACACCUGAUCUCUGUUUCUGGUGACAGCUGUAUCUUCAUCUGGCGUCUCAGCUCGGAGAUGACCAUCAACAUGCGGCAGCGACUGUCUGACAUGAAGCAGAGAGGGAAGCAGGCAGAGAAGUCUUCCCCGCACAAGACGGCUGGACUCAUGAGGCACGAGUCCAUCUCUGCCCUGUCCUCUGUGCCUGCACUCUCAUCGGACAGUGACAAGGAUGGUGAAGAUGAAGGGAAUGAUGAAGAUGAGUUACGUGGGCUGCAGUCUUUCCAUAUUCAGUCCGACUGCAACACUGAGAGAGACUCAGACCCAGACCUUACCCUCUCAAGAAGCCUUUCCCAUUGGGAAAUGAGGAGGGCUAAAGAGAUAGCAGCAAUGCAGCACUCAGAGGCACCAGCGAGCAAGAUGCCCCGGCAGCGUGGGCGCUGGUCCCAGCCAACCAGCAACAUAGAGAUGACUGUGAAGUCCAUGCUUGACUUGCGUCAGCUGGAGUCUUUCUCUGUUUCCCGUUCCCCGAGUCGAGACUCCCUGUCUCAGAACAGCAAUGGGGAUGACAGAGAAGAGCAGGCAGAUCUUCCUGUGCACAUCAACAAAGUUAGCAGCUCAAUACCUCCCCAAGAUAACCGGUCUUGUUUGCGACCCCAAGUCAUUCGGCUUGUCUCUUGUGAAGACGGGAUUUUCUCUCAGGAGCUGGAACCUUCUGAGAGUGAGGAAUGUGUAAUCUACGCUGAGCAAGAUGAAAUCCAUCCCACAGACCCUAGCAGUGAGUUCCAGGUAAAAGCAUUGCCCCACGGGAAGCUAAGUAGAGGUUAUCACAGUAAUGGAUGCCCAGACAAACACAGUCCUGACAGCGCCUGCUCUGUAGAUUACAGCAGCAGUCGUCUGUCCAGCCCAGACCAUCCGAACGAAGAUUCUGAAAGCACUGAGCCCCUAAGUGCGGAUGGCAUCUCGGACCUGGAGGGAGAGGAAGGAGAGGAGGACGUGGGCACUAGCAUGCCAGAGGGAGAAAUCCCCCAGAUACCCGAUCAGGAAAACUUCCUCAAGCAGCAUUUUGGGACCCUGGGCAGCACGGAUGGGAGAGGUGGCUCAUGUAGGAAUCUGGAAAGAACUGAAAACCUCAGCAUUUCCUCUCGCUUUCUUUCCCAGUCCCCGGCUCUCAGACGAUUGUCACUCUCUUCAUCAAAUCUAAUACUGGAUUCAAAGCCCAUUGAGCCACCGACACAGACCAAUCAGUUUACAUCAGACCUGUUGAAAAAUGGCAGCAACCAUCCUGGUGAUGCAUUGGAGAGCAGCCAGCUCCUGGAGAGUGUAAAUUCAAAUCGGGCGGUCUAUAUCCAGAAAAGGCGCAGAUCAGCUUUGGAGGCCAGCAGAACUGGUAUGGCUCCUGGACGGGUUACCGCAUCCUUUGCAGAAGGCCCUGUGAAUGCCGUGAUGAGAAAGGCCCAGUCAGUUCAUGACCUCGUUCAUGAGGAUAAGGGUCCUGGAGUGAUACCCUCUGCCAAGCAGCGUCCUCAGACUCUUUUGGUGGUUGAGAAGGAUCCCAGACCUAACAAUUGCAGGGUGUUAUCAGCCAGUAUGUUGAAGAUGGAUGGAUCUGGUGCUCUGCUGGCCAAAGAUGUCAGGGCUGCAAAACCAAAGUCCUACAUGAACCCCACAACCAGCUUCCGGGCUAAGAUGUCAAGGAGCAUAUCUGUAGGGGAAAAUCUGUACCUUGGUUACUCCACCGAAAUGCUGACUGACGGGAGGACUAGCCCUCCAGUGGCAGAGAAGACACAGUUUAGUUCCACAGCAGAUGCUGAGAAGAUUAAGCUACCAGUGAAAGAAAAUGUUCCAGUGAAGCCAGCGCUUCAGCCAGUUGUAAACUGUUCAUCUCCCAAGUCCUUCCACAGCAAGUUGGCAUCAUCAAACCGAGCACAUCUGAUUCUUGACAUUCCCAAGCCAUUGCCUGAUAGACCCACGCUGGCCUCCUUCUCACCCACUACCAAAACAAAAGCCCUGCUUGAGCCACAGUCUCCGCAGUCACCUGCUGGGGCCUGUAGAAAGAAACCCUCUUUUCCUGAGGUCCGAGCCUCCAAGCAGGAAAAUCAAACUGCUGGGUCUCUGGUUCCUGGUAGAGAGAUCCCAACAGGACUUGCUAAGGAGAGCCCAGCGGAGAGUUCAGUCUCAAGGACAGGUUGCCAGGAUGAGCAGGGGGUCACUAAUGCAAAGCUGAGGGAGCUGCCAGAGGGCCAGCACCUAAGGUCUCCCGAGGGCACGCUGCCCAGGUGCAGGGAGAGGACCGCCGGCAUCGCCUGUGUGCUAGACAGCCAGCCCGGACUGUGCCCACUAGACCCCGUCAGGCCGAGGUCUCCUUCAUCUAUAGCUGCCUCGGCACAGGUCUCAGGUGUGCAUGGAUACCCAUCUCUUCUCUUCCCCCUUCUGUCUCCUGUCUUUGUGAACCGCCUCACGAUCCCAUCACAUUUCUUUACGUCCAGCUUCUGGCCUGUCUCGUCCUGUCUGCACCUGUCUCGUUCCAUAAGCCAUCCCCUCAAUGAAUCGUGCAUCAGCGUAGAGCAGUGUGAGCACGUGGUGUCCGAGCUCCAGGACAGCAUGCGCAAAGCUAUUCACCUUUACCGCAUGGUACUAAAUGAUACAGAGUCUUCUGCUGACAAAGACAAAAUAGCAGGCCUCCUGACAGAAACCUUCUCCUCAAUGAAGAAAGAAUUGGACUCUCUGAAGGAUGAGGAAGAGCUUCCAAAGCUUAAGGAGGCACUGGCAAAGCCACAAGAUGCCGCCAGCCCACUGAAUGAGGGAUGUGGUGCCAAGCUACCGAGCCCCAAGAGUCUGGGAGAUGAGCAGACACUAGCUUUGCUGGAACAGUACUCAAAGCUAUUGCUGCAAGCUGUGGAGCGACGCAUGGACAAAAAACUCUAAGGGGGGAGGCUUUCCGGUGUUUGUGAAUACACAGAAAUAAUCCCAGGAGGAGGACCACAGAGAGAGCUUCAAGCCGAUGCUGUCAUCACAGUGCUCUGGGGCUGGUGGGGAGACCUUUACAAAUUGAUUUCAACUGACUUGCUCGAAUUCUUAGCAGUGUGCUGGCCACAGUUUUAGUAUUUUUUUCCCCGAUGAUCUUCAACUUCCUGUCUCUAGACAAAGCCUUGAAAAGAGGAGUUUGGAGAAAUUGCCUUGAAAUUUCUUCAUAGCCAGGAGGUCAGGAUGUUUGGUACCUAAAAUCUGGUUUAUUCAAGAAAUUCUGAACUGCUGACUAAAAACAGAGUCCAAGUGAAGCCAAUCCCUUCUCCCCAAGGCUUCACGAGAAUCAAGAAGCAGACUUUUAAUGGGUUUAUUUAUUAAUUUAUUUUUCUGACUGUUGCUCUAUGUCACGUUUGUGACUGUUAUCUUUGUCCUUUAACGAAAACUGUCAAUCCCUUUGCCAUAUCCCAGCGAGAAACAAUCUUUGUAUUAUAAACCCCCAACAGGGAGACAGGCUGGAGUGUCUGUGCAAUUAAUGAACUGUUUUCUGCUUAAAUCUUGUCUUGCCGUUCUUUCUUUUCCUGCCUUAGUUUUGUCACCUGGAGUAAUCCUGCUGUUGUCAUGACAACCCUGUCUGCUUUUCUCUUGUCUCAAGACAGUCCCCACACCAGUCUAUCUGCAUUUGCUGCCAGGGAAGGCUCUGCAACCCUUGGACCAUGCUUUGGAAAUUACUUAAUGAAUUCAAUAGUGGUGUUUUUAUCUGGAAUUUGAUGUUAUAUUGAUACUUUAGACUGGGGUUUCUGCAGACAUUUUAAAAAUGGGGUUUAGAUGCAAAACAUCAAAGUUUGUUUCCGCCACCUUUCAUGACUAGGAAUUGGAUUUUGACUUCGAUGUUAUUGUGACUGGGAAAUUCAGGGUGAUGAUUUAUUUGUUGAGAAGCGACAUGGAAAAGCUGGUUUCCAGCUCUUACAGCAUAACUCUGGAUUGGAGAGUUCUUCAGUGCAAUAGCUCAUCCCUGUCAUUUGUUCACUUCGCUGUGAUAGGAAAAUGUCGUCUUCCUCCUUUUCCAGGAAAUCAGAAUAUUUACAUCCCAAGAAAGCUGGGAUCCUCCUACCUUAUGUAAAGCUAUUUCAGCUGCCUGCAGAAAAUGGUUUCCCAAGAACUUUGAACAAGAUACUUUGGGAUGUGGUUACCACCAUUUCCCCUGCCCCCAGCCUCUUGGCUUUUCAUGAAUUUCUGGUCUGAGAAACAGGAGAUCUUCCCUUCUUGCAUUUGUGUGUUCCAAUACUCUCCUCACCCCGCGGAGCUUCUUUAAGCGCCUGCUAACUUGUGUUUGUCGUGGGUUAACGCUGUCCAGCGAUGGUUUUUUUUUUGGUUAAUGAUAAGCUAAAGGAAAAAAAUUUCAAACCGAUGAAAUUCUUCAGCACCUUCCCCUUUACUCCCCCUCCCUUCCACAACAGGGACAGAUCCCACAAAAAUGCUUUAUUUCUUCCUCCAUCGCCAGUCAGUCUUGUAUUUAAUUUAAGGCAGAGCAAUGUAAUCCCAGUUUAUAAAACUAAUGCAAGCAACAAGCUUUUGGUGGGAGAAGGCAGCCCGGCUGCAUCACUUGGCACCACAGGUUACAGGCAUGAAGCAGUCUUCUUUCAUUUUGCUGUCCAGGCUGUCAUCUCUCUGAAACCCUGUGGCACUUGGAAAUGCGGUCCACUGGCGUCUCUGUCUUUCUGUGACGGGAGAGCUGCAGUGCAGCCUUUUUUUCUACAGGGCUGGCCAGACUGGUGUAGGAUGACCUGUUUCUUCCGAAUAACUCCAGGGUUGAAUAAUCUACAGUUCUCGCUCUCCCCCGGCAGGUUUGCUGGGUGAUCGCUGCUGCCGCCGAGUGCUUCUGGAGAGCUGGCAGCAUGGGGAGCAAUUUGAGAGCUUUCUGGCUGCUUCUGCCUGUAAUUUAAAUUUGCCUAAUCACGUUUCAGGUGUCCUUGCUAACCCUUCCUUCCGUGGGCUUGUACUGAAACUUCAAAACCAUUAUUUCCUGGUCCUGUCUCAGCGUUGCACGGUGCAGAGUCAGCCGGUGUGCGAGGUCCCGUGGGCAGCUUCUCUUGCACAGAGAGGUUUUGCAAGGGCAGGCGCGUUGAAAACUGGAGGGCAAAUUUCUGGCAGGUUCCUUGAGUGAAAAGGUGUGCUGGAGGUGCUGCGAGUGGAAUGUGUGAUGGCAGUCAUGUUGGGUCUGUGAUGGAGCUAGCGUGUGUCAAGCUAGCUUUUGAGGUGAUUAGUUCCUCCACUUUCAGACUGUGAACAUACGUCCUAGUGCGUGGGAGAUUUCUUGCUGUACUGGGGCCACAAGACACUCAGGUAAAAUAGCAGUCCCUUCAACCCAGGUAUCUUUUGGUACCGGUGAUAACGGGUUGAGGGUCCUUUACACUACUUCCCUGUGCAAUCUUACUCCAUUUUGUUAUUUAAACUGAGAUAGUGACAAAAAGGGUCAGAGGCCAUACAGAAGAGCCAGUGGCGAGAGUGGAAUUCCCAUUAAGGUAAAGAGCAACAACUGCUGGUGUGGUGGUAUGAAACAAAGCUCUUUGGAAAUGAGUCGCAUGAAGCAAAUCUGAUUUUUAGACUGAUCCAAGCGGGCUUUGCUUCCUGGAAUGGAUUUUGUGUGGGGUCACAGCUGUGUAUGGGAAACCAGAGGUUAAAUCUGAUCAGGAUGAUGGUGAGAGAAGUGUUGGGCAAGUAGAUCAGCUGGAAGAUGGUUGCGUAGUUUAAAAUAGACUAGUAUGUGUAGGACAUGUGUGAAACCAGAGUAGCGGUAGAGAUGGCCUUGGCCUGAGAAACGCCGUUUGGCCAAUGCCUGUGAAAAAUACAGUGCAGAAAGGCUUGGGGAAAGUAGCGUUAGGCCUGAGGUGGUGAUCUCUAAUUGUGGAAGGAAUUGGAAUGUAUUUGUGUUUAAACAGGGUCUGUUGGGCCUCUUGUUUCUUUGCUUGUUGUCCUCUGAGAGUGUGUUUUUUUCUGAAAUGGCGAAGUUGUGUGCCGUUUGGCUGAGGCCUGGCUGUGGGGGGUGAGUAGCAGAGGCCCAGGGGAAGAGGUGCUGGUGCCACAGGUUUGCCGCUGAGGAGGCAGUGUUGCUCUUUGUUGUUUGAGACUGUUCCAGCUCGAUUCCCUGCUAACUUCCUAUUGCUGGCAGUAGGAAGUGUUCCUAGAAAUCCCCAUUUGCAGAGGAUGGGGGAUGUAGCUGCGUGGGUUCCAGUGCCACAGGGGUGGGGGUCCCUGGGCAGCAGCUGGUGGGUGAAGGGGCCUGAGCCCCUUGCUGGGCCGCUGGCAUGAGGCCAGGCUCUGUGCUUCGCAGAAUGCCUGGAAGCAUCAUAUGGGCCUACAUACAUACCGCUCCCGCCACCCUGGCCUUCCUGGUGGAAAUGAGAGUAGCUGUUGGCUUUGAUUUGUUGCUGCUGUUGGUUUGUUACUGUCCUGUAAAUAGCGUUGCUUUCCAAGUGGGGACCCCCGGGUCCGCCGCCCCCCCACCCCCACGUUCUUGUGCCCCCCGGGGCAGUGCAGUGGGCAGAGCGGCCAGCGCACCCCAUGCCCCCGGACGGCUGGCGGCUCUGCCCGUGGGGGCUCUCUCGUCCCCUCUCAGGUUGUCCUCCCCUUCCCGAGGGAGCCCCCCCAGCCCCCGGGCUGGCAGGCCGCGCCGAGGAGCCGGGGAUGCUUCUUUCCGGGAGCAGAAACGUACAAACUUGGGGCUUUUUAGAAGAAAGAAUAUGUAUAUAAUUAUAUAUAAGGGAAAAAAACAAACGCAGAAAUACAGGUAUUUAAGCAGCCUCGGUAAACUCGUGCGUGCGGAUGGAGCCCCCCUGCCGCGCUUCCAUGUAAAACAACAAAAAAUUUAAAAAAAAAAUACUCUUCUGCUUUAUUUAUAAAUGUGCGGGUUUAUACUUUUGGCUUUAGGUUAAUAAUCCUUUAAAAUGUCUCUCUCUUUUUAUUCUUAUUAUUUGGAAAGAAAUAAUUAAGAUCGUUCGUUGGGGUUUUUUUGCACUGUGAGGCUCCCCCGGAGCUGUUUUUAACUCUGUAUCCAUUUGUACUCCCGUGUCUUAAACCGUUUCAAUAAACAUGUGACCGUUGGGUCCCGA